UGUUGACAAUAAUUCGUCGUUCCUUAUACUUAGUUAAAUGAUGUAUUGUCUGAUAUAUCUAAGAUUAAGUACAUUUUCAUUCAAGGAUAUUGUAAGUAAUAAUAUAUGAAACAACAUUUUACUAUUUACUGGUGUAGUGAACGAGAACACUAAAUGGGGACAAUUGAAUAUAAUUUAACAUGAAAUUACAGAAUCUUAAUAAAACUAGAGAACCUUACAUUAAAUACUUUAUUUGUAAAAUACUAAUCAAUCGUCUCAGACUUCAUUACUCGUUUGUUUUCACAUCAAUCACUGUCUGUUCUCGUUCUCUUCUCUUCAAUCUUCUUAACCUUCUACCACCAGGUAUUUCACUUUCGUUUGACGAUACAUGCUACUUAUAUUUAUGGGCAUCAGUAGUAGCACACACCACACCUGUACAAACUGAAGUCUAUUUCAUAAUAAAUUAUGAAUUUGAGAAUAAAAAUGCUAUUUUAAUUUGAAAAGAAAAAGUUAUAUGGAAUUCAUUCACCAACUACAUGUUUUUUCUACUAGGCUUUGAGCCAUGAUUUUUCAAUGGUACCUAAUUAUAUUUUAAGUUAAAUCUAUGAAUGAAAGUUUACAUUAAGGUAUACCAUAUAUUACAUAACUAUUAAAUGUCUUUCUUUUAGAUGGAUUGAAUGAUACAUUUCUUAUAAUUAUGUCUUUCAUUAAUUAGAUUUAGGAUGAAG